AACCCUAGAGAAAAGAACCCGAAGGUCCUAUAUGACCUAAUUCACCGUGUUAUACCCCGACUUACCCAGGAAGCAACAACCGACUUUGUGAUGGAAUAUAUGAAGAUCGAUCGGACGUCGUUUACUUCCAUGCAGGCCUUCCUGACUAGACUUCGAUUUAUCUACAAGAAGCUGGCUGAGCUUAAUGUCUCUAUUAGCGAGAACUUCUACGUCAACGCUGUUGUUGGAAAGCUCAAGAAGACUUACCCGAGCGAUACUUGUUUUGGCUCGCCGGCUUGAAGCCAGGACGCAUGACUUGGACUAGCCUGAACUCAGAGCUAGAAGAGAUCUCCGCUAGCGAGGAAGCUACUACGAAGUUCACCAAGCUUGCACUCUCUAGCAACAAUAACGAUGACAACAAGAAGGGUGGAACUUAAAAGAGGAUUGUAUGCCCGAAGGAAGGUUGCACAUUCAAGAUGCUUAGUACCUACCAUCAUAGACCCUGCGGGCAUCACGGCCCGAAAACUGCCGAGCACUGUUGGCACUGCAAACCUGAGAGAGCUCUAGAGAACUGGCCAAGCAAGAAGAGACUUAUUGAAGAGAAGAAGAAGAAGAAUGAGGAUUCAGGCACAUCGACUACUACAGUGGUCCUGCACAACAACGGAGGACUUGCAAAUCCCUUAACUUCCUCGGACUCGCAUUUACUAUUCUCCGGCAAUUUCUUCACGCCUCAGAUCGACCUACCAAGCGAGGACCCGCGGCUGGCUAGCCGCGCCCCUGGGCAGACUUUCUACAUUCCAGAAUCCCC